CGGCCGUCCAAUCGGCGUGGAGCGUCUCUGCGAGGGGCAGCGGAAGGAACGUCCGUUCGGAGGCGCCGCCGCGGAGGGAGGGGAGGCAGCGAGGGAGAACAGCGGGCAUGAACAGCCAGAACGGAGGGGGGAACCCUUUCGAGGGAGACGCGGGGAAUCCCUUCCAGGAUCCAGGCAUAAUUCAGCACCGGCCAAAUACAGAUUAUGCUACCCUGGAUGUAUAUAAUCCUUUUGAUAAUUCGGGGCUUCCCCCGCCAUACCAGCCCCCGGCCUCGGCUCCCACAAUCCCCUCUGUGCCCACAGUUCCUGUCUCGGAGGUGCCUAAGAAACACAACAAUGCGGAGCCCAGAAAUUACGGCUCGUACGGGACCCAGGAAGCGACCACCGCCGCUACCGCCGACCUCUUAAAGCGCCAAGAAGAGCUGAAUCGGAAAGCCGAAGAACUGGACCGGAGAGAGCGAGAGCUGCAGAACGCGGCCUUGAGCAGCGGGGCAGCCAGGCCAAACAACUGGCCCCCGCUGCCUUCCGUCUGCCCCGUGAAGCCCUGUUUCUAUCAGGAUAUUUCCGUCGAGAUUCCCGUGGAAUUCCAAAAAACGGUCACCAUCAUGUACUACCUCUGGAUGGCCAGCACGGUGGCUCUUUUCAUCAACUUCCUGGCCUCCCUGAUCUGGUUCUGCGUGGAUUCCUCGGGCGCUUCCGGAUUCGGCCUCUCGAUCCUCUGGACUUUGAUUUUCACGCCUUGCUCCUUCGUCUGCUGGUAUCGACCGAUGUACAAAGCUUUCCGGAGCGACAGCUCUUUCAACUUCUUCGUCUUCUUCUUCAUCUUCUUCGCCCAAAACGUGAUGUACGUCCUGCAGGCCGUUGGAAUUCCCGGUUGGGGCUUCAGCGGUUGGAUUAUCAGCUUCGUCGCCCUGCGAGAACAGCCGGGGGUGGGCAUUUUCAUGAUCCUUGUCGCCGUGUUAUUCACCAUCGUUGCUGGGCUGGGCAUCAUCAUGUUGAAACGGAUCCACUCCCUUUAUCGCCGCACCGGCGCCAGCUUCCAAAAAGCCCAGGCCGAAUUCGCCGCCGGCGUUUUGUCCAACCAGACGGUCCGCACGGCGGCAGCCAACGCUGCAGCCGGAGCGGCAGCCAACUCGUUCCAGGCCCCGUAAAAAGAACUGCGACCUACGAGUUGUCAUCGGUUGGCCGACUUUGCCGGGACUCUCUCACCCCUCCCCUCAAGUGCACGGCCUCGCCCUCCUGGCCUUGAAUUUCCUUCUUUCCCAACUUUUGUGCUGAUUUUCAGACGCUUCCGCUCCGCGAUCUCGGCAGGGAAACCCGCGACGGAUCCACCCUUUGCUCCGGCUGCACUGACUUGAAAGAUCACCGAUUCCCUGAACACGGCUUGAAUCUUCUCUCUUUCUGCCCGAAAUUUACAGAGGACCUACCUACUAUUUAUCUUUGCUUGUGACUUCUCCAGAUUUACCACAGGGGUCUUUCCUUCCUGCUCGUGCGCCCCCCCCCAAAAAAAAACAAUAUUUGGCUAUUCUUUAUCGCCUUCAAUUCUGCGUUCCCUCCCGGUUGGAGCUGAUUUUACCGAAAUUAAUUUUAAGUUUCCUUUCAGCCCCGAUUUUCUGCAAAUUUGCUAAGCCGAGCAUGUCCCCCGUUCAUUCGUACGUUCCUCCGAUUUUAAGACGUUUUUUUCUCACCCUUAGCACCUUUAAGAAGUGUGGACUGCAAUUCCCAGAAUUCCCCCUGGCUGGCUGGGGAAUUCUGGGAGUUGAAGUCCACACCCUCUCAAAAUUCCCAUCUUCGGGGGAAACACCGCUGAAGUUAAUCCAUCAGUAGAAUUCUGCUAGAGGUUAAGUCGAAAUCAAGAGGGGCUUUUCGAGUUUCUGUUUCACUACUCUACGCCUGAGUUUUCCAAACUUGGCAACUUUUUAAGACGUGUAGACUUCAACUCCCAGAAUUCUCCCUCUGGCUGGCUGGAGAAUUCUGCGAGUUGAAAUCCAACCUGCUUAAAGUUGCUAAGAUUGAAAAACUCGAUUUUAAAAGUCUCCUCACCCCCUCUUAUUUUGAUCGUUCCUGCCAGUGCUGGCCGCUGGGAGAUAAGUUCCUUUUCUUUUUUGGUCGUUUUAUUAGCAACGUGAAUAAUUUCAUUUGGCUCAAAAGCCAUCAGUGGCCUCUACGAUCGCUUUUUGGCCUCUAUGAUGCCUUCUUUUUUUUAUUAUUAUUAUUAUUUAUCCCUUUUUUUUGUCCCUUCGAAGUUCUCGCGCAGCCCGGUCGCAGUAAAAGGGCUGUUUUGGCGGAUGAAUAAAUUCUCCCAUCACCCCGAAAUUUGAGAAUUGGGAUAUCAAAUUACUACUCUCUGACUGAUCCCCCUUUUCUCUUUUUUUUGGAACCCCGUCUGAAAGGAGGGGAGGAAGGAGGACGGAUUGAGGGCACCCCGGUUUAAUUUUGGCAGUGUUUUGGGGUCCCUUGGGGUAUGUUUGCAAUUUGGGACAAUGUCUCCCCAAAUUCAACUUCUCCGCAGUGUCUUCUUUUGCUUGCGUCUGUGAAUGACUCGACAUUUCUACAUCCUGUUCAUUGGACUUGCUUGGUCCCCAAAUCUAUCUAAUGCCCCCCCACACCUCCCCCUUGUUGAUAUCUGAAAUUUCAGACCCCCCCCCCAAAAGGUUUACCCUGUGUCGUCCCCUCUUCUUUGAUCUCUGUCUCCUUCUAAGGGUUUGUGGGGCGGCCCCACCGUUCUUUGUAUGUCUGUAAAUGUGCAAAUAACCAUAUUCCUUUCCCCUGGGGAACCUCCUCAUUUGUUGUUGUUGUUAUUAUUAUUAUUAUUUGCUGUGCCAAGCGCAAGACGAAGUAUGGAACUUUAUUUAAGGAAUAAAAACUACAUUUUA